CGCUGCCUCUGUUGUGGGUAGGGUAGAGCUUAAAACCAGUCUUGAGACGCGGGACACUUCAUCAGAGGGACAGUGCGUCGUUUUCACGGACUAGUAGCAGACAGGAGCAGACGGAGAGCAAGGAGUCUUUACCCACAGAGUUUAUGUUAAAUAGUUUUGAGAUUCACAAGACAAGAAAAUGAAAUCUCCAAAGCUGAAGUCUCAAGGCAAAUGUGAGUUGAAGAAUGCUGACCAUCUAAUUUGUUCUUGCGACUUCCACUGGACAAUGCAUGAUGCAUUGAACACUGACCAGGCUUGGGGUCAAUUGAGCUCUGCAGAAAAGGAGCCUUAAAGUUAUGUCAGAUAGUGUGAUUGCUUUUCAACAUCUGUUACAAUUUGACAAUGUGUUUACCACAACGUAACAUGCGUGUUGCACAUUUCUAUUAAUGACUCAAAAACAAAGGCUAUCAAUAGCUUGCACGGAAUAGGCUAAAUUAAUAGAGAGAGAUUUAUUUUAUUAGGAUAACUGAAAUUAAUUAAAUAAAAAUAUAAUUUUAAUGGGAAUGGUUGUUUUCCUCAGUUAUUUCAGCUAAUUUCCUUGAAGAAGAGGAUGAUCUGUUUGACGUCCUGUGUGAGUUUGACGCGGUGAUCGAGGAUUUUACGUCCCCGGUGGAGAAGAGACACUUUCGCUACGACGAGCACCUGAAGAACGUGAAGAGACGCAGCAGUGCCAGCGUCAGUGACAGCGGCAUCAGCGACUCGGAAAGUAAGUGAAGCACACACAGCAGCUUUUUUUUUUCUAAGAGUGUAGCAUAUAGUGCAAACACACUCAAGCAGUAACAGGCGAUAUCAGUAGCCUAGAUAUGUUCCCGUUAUAAAGGGUCAUCAGAGCGUUAUUGUUGGCACUUUGAGUGAAACACACAAUUCCUGCUACUUCAUAUAGUGCCAGACAGAACUGAUAGACUAUAUCUGAUCAUGUGUCCCACAAGUGCUCUUCCCGGUCUGCUGAAGAACUAUAGCAGCUGUACACACACACACACACACACACACACACACACAGACACACACACACACACACACACACACACACACAAACACACACACACACACACACACACACACACACACACAGACACACACACACACACACACACACACACACACACACACACACACACACACACACACACACACACACUCCCUGCACCCACUGAUGAUAAGCAUCAGUAUUUGACUUAUAACUGGAAACCUUCAAUCUGUCAGACAGACCAUGCCUUGGUGGAUGCCUCUGUCCUGCUGGCCAAGCUUUACUCCCUCUAACCCUCCAACCCUCUAACACUCUAACCAUGGACACUACCUUUAACUCGUUCUGCAGACGUGGAGUUUCUAGAACACACUACAGCGCCAUUAAACGUCUCCUUUCACAUCAUUCCUCGGGAAAACUCCAACACUCACAUGUGGUUGGGAAAUUAAAUCAGUGUCCACUGGGGGAGCGGGAGCAUAUUUCUGUCUGUCUGUAACUGUGUGAGGCUAUCACAUUUGGGUCAGGGCCCGAGGCGUAGCCAGCUGUGGAAGGACGUCUUUAAAACAGUGUAUCGUGCGCACACACACACACAGACACACACACACAGACACACACACACACACACACACACACACACACACACACACACACACACACACACACACACACACACACACACACACACACACAUAGUAUGGUAAAAAAGAGCUUGACGUUUGCACAGCUUGAUGUCUGAGAGAUCAACUGCUUAUGACAAUAAAAUCUAAGAGGGUAUAGGCUACCACAGAGACAUGGCUGGGUUGGAAAAUGGGGGCUUGUGUGCCAAAUAUGCAGCGGUAGCUCAAUCUAACCCCAAGAUCUCUGGACUCAGAUCAAGGUGUGUGUGUGUGUGUGUGUGUGCAUAUGUGUAUGUGUGGGUAUGGCGCUGAGUGGUGGAGGUCAGGGUAGGUAAUACUACAUAAGAGAUACUCUGUCAGGAUCCAGUGGAACUCUUGUGUGAGGAGAAGACAAGAGGGAGAGAUGAGAGAAGGAUAGAUAAGAGAGAGAUAAGAGAGAGAGAGAGAGAGAGAGAGAUACGAGAGAGAGAUAUUAGAGAUAGAGAGAGGAGAGAAGAUAGCUAGAGCGAUCAGUUAGGCGAUAUCUCCGCGCGACGAUCAGCGAGAGAGCGCUCUAUCUAUCGCUCUAUUCGCUCUCUCUCGUCUGCUCUCUAUCGCUCUAUCUUAUUAUAUGGAGAGAGAGCCGAGAUAGAGAGGAAGAUUUACCGUACGACAGACCACGUAUUUACCCUGCACACCCUAAUUGAGAAAACAAACAAAACAAAACAAAGGAAAAGUCUUCUCAUGCUUUGUUGAUUUCAAAAAAGCUUUUCACUCAUUUUGGCAUGAGGGUCUGCUAUACAAAUUGUGUGCGGUUAAAUUGGCAAAAAACACACACAUUUCUUUCCACAGGGCCAUGGGGUGAGACAGCAAUGCAGCCCCAGCCUCUUCAACAUAUAUAUCAACAAAUUGGUGAGGGCACUAGAACAGUCUGCAGCACCCGACCUCAUCCUACUAGAAUCUGAAGUCAAAUAUUUACUGUUUGCUGAUAAUCUGGUGCUUCUGUCACCAACCAUGGAUGGUCUACAGCAGCACCUAGAUAUUCUGCACAGAUUCUGUCAGACCUGGGCCCUAACAGUAGAUCUCAGUAAGACAAAAAUAAUGGUGUUCCAAAAAAGGUCCAGUUGACAUGACCACAAAUACAAAUUCCAUCUAGACACUGUUGCCCUAGAGCACACAAAAAACGAUACAUACCUCGGCCUAAACAUCAGCGCCACAGGUAACUUCCACAAAGCUGUGAACGAUCUGAGCGACAAGGCAAGAAGGGCCUUCUAUGCCAUCAAAAGGAACAUAACAUUUGACAUACCAAUUAGCAUCUGGCAAAAAAUACUUGAAUCAGUUAUAGAACCCAUUGCCCUUUAUGGUUGUGAGGUCUGAGGUACGCUCACCAACCAAGAAUUCACAAAAUGGGACAAACAACAAAUUGAGACUCUGCAUGCAGAAUUCUGCAAAAAUUAUCCUCAGUGUACAACGUAAAACCCCAAAUAAUGCAUGCAGAGCAGAAUUAGGGUGAUUAUCAAAAUCCAGAAAAAGAGCCGUUCAAUUCUACAACCACCUAAAUGGAAGCGAUUCCCAAACCUUCCAUAACAAAGCCAUUCCCUACUGAGAGAUGAACUUGGAUAAGAGUCUCCUAAGCAAGUUGGUCCUGGGGCUCUGUUCAUAAACACAAACAGACCCCACAGAGCCCCAGGACAACAACACAAUUAGACCCAAUCAAAUCAUGAGAAAACAAAAAGAGAAUUACUUGACACAUUGGAAAUAAUUAACAAAAAACAGAGCAUACUAGAAUGCUAUUUGGCUCUAAACAGAGAGUACACAGUGGCAGAAUACCUGACCACUGUGACUGACCCAAGCUUUGACUAUGUACAGACUCAGUGAGCAUAGUCAGGCUAUUGAGAAAGGCCGCCGUAGGCAGACCUGGCUCUCAAGAGAAGACAGGCUAUGUGCACACUGCCCACAAAAUGAGGUGGAAACUGAGCUGCACUUCCUAACCUCCUGCCAAAUGUAUGACCAUAUUAGAGACACAUAUUUCCCUCAGAUUACAGAGAUCCACAAAGAAUUCGAAAACAAACCCAAUUUUGAUAAACUCCCUUAUCUAUUGGGUGAAAUACCACAGUGUGCCAUCACAGCAGCAAGAUUUGUGACCUGUUGUCACAAGAAAGGGGCAACCAGUGAAGAACAAACACCAUUGUAAAUACAACCCAUAUUUAUGUUUAUUUAUUUUCCCAUUUGUACUUUAACUAUUUGCAUAUUGUUACAACACUGUAUAUAGACAUAACAUGACAUUUGAAAUGUCUUUAUUCUUUUGAAACUUCUGAGUGUAAUGUUUACUGUUAAUAUUUAUUGUUUAUUUCACUUUUGUUUACUAUCUACUUCACUUGCUUUGGCAAUGUUAACAUACGUUUCCCAUGCCAAUAAAGCCCUUUGAAUUGAAUUGAGAGAGAGUUACGUUUAGGGUUAGAAUCAGGGUUAUGUGUUAGGUUUAAGGUUACAGGUUAAGGUUAAGGUUAGGGUUAGGGUAAGGGUUAGGAGUUAGGUUUAGUGAUAGGGCUACAUCUCAAUAGUCGAAAUUACCCUCCUCUUGUCUCCUCUCCUUAAUAUUGUAUCGUCGCAUUCAGAGAAAGAGAGAGAGAGCGAGAGAGAGAGAAAGAGCGAGAGAGCGAGAGAGAGAGAAAGAGAGAGAGACAGAGAGAACCCAGCUGCAAUCCAGUUUAAAAUGUUGUUAUGGCACUGUUUGAGUGCUCUUCACCCUCUACUCCACUCAUGUCCCUGCUCUGACCCUCUCACACUAACCAGAUGACUUCUGUCAAGUAAUGAGUUACAAGGGAAAACAGUCAGUGCGUGUGUGUGUGUGUAUGUGUGUGUGUGUGUGUGUGUGUGUGUGUGUGUGUGUGUGUGUGUGUGUGUGUGUGUGUGUGUGUGUGUGUUGUGUGUGUGUGUGUGUAGAUGCAUACGUAUGUGUGUACACAAAACAUCUGGAUGUGGCAAUAGACCCUACAACUGCUUGGGGACUACAGAAAGGUGAACAGUAUUUUAAUCUCUCUCCUCUCAUUCCGCUAGAAACACCCCGAAGGAAGAAAAAACUACGAAGAGCCUGAACAGGAAUUCUAUCUCCUCUCUCCUCUCCUCUUCUGUCUCCCCACCCCCCCCCCUCUCUCUCUCUCUCUCUCUCUCUCUCUUUCUCUCUGUGUGUCUCCCCCCACCCCUCUCUCUCUCUCUCUCUCUCUCGCUCUGUCUCCCCCCCCCCCUCUCUCUCUCUCUCUCUCUAUCUCGAUCCCUCUCUUGCUCUCAGGUGCUGAGUCACUCAACAGGAACAGCUUCAGUUUCAGUGAUGAGAGACUGAACUCUCCCACCGUCUUCACUCCCUCCCCCACCACCCCCCCACCUCUCACGUCACCCAAAGGUGAGCCUCGACACACACACACACUCGCACACACACCCACGCACACACACAACCAUCAACAUUCACCUUUACACACACACACACACACACACACACACACGUCAUUCUGACUAGAACUAGAACUAGAUCCUCAGUUUGACAGCCAAAGUGCAGCUCUGUAUUACUCCUGUUCAGACAGAAAGACAGAGGCAGGAUUCUACAUGACGUGUGUUUUAGGAGAAGUCAAAUGUUAUGAUAGGCAGACAUAUUGCCUUAGGCUUUGAGCACUUCAGCUAUCAUCAGCUAUUCGAAUGCGUCAGAGUCCAAGUGACUCGUUGUUCUUCUUUAGUAUUGUAGGAGGUGUGUGUGUAUGUUUAUAGUAGAUAGUACCAUGUGUGUUCAUUUUAAGUUAUGCUAUUGCAUGUGGACAAUAAAGUUGGAUUCUAUUAUCUGACCAACUCUCUAUGUUGCUUGUUUACAGCUAAACUGGGAGACACUAAAGAACUGGAGGACUUCAUUGCUGACCUUGACAAGACAUUAGCCAGUAAGUGCUAA